AUCCCGCCGCGCGGCGCCGGGGCCAGCGGCCGGCGCAGAGCGGCGGCGGGGCGGCGAUGCCCAGGCCGGGGAAGAGCUCGUACAGCGACCAGAAGCCGCCCUACUCCUACAUCUCGCUGACGGCCAUGGCCAUACAGCACUCGGCCGAGAAGAUGCUGCCCCUGAGCGAUAUCUACAAGUUCAUCAUGGAGCGCUUCCCCUACUACCGGGAGCACACGCAGCGCUGGCAGAACUCGCUCCGCCACAACCUCUCCUUCAACGACUGCUUCAUCAAGAUCCCGCGCCGCCCCGACCAGCCGGGCAAGGGCAGCUUCUGGGCUCUGCACCCCGACUGCGGGGACAUGUUCGAGAACGGCAGCUUCCUCCGCCGCCGCAAGCGCUUCAAGGUCCUGCGGCCCGAGCACCACUCGCCGCCUCCCCCGGGCAAGGUGCCGGGGCUGGCGGGCCCCGAGACGGCCGUGGCCGCCGCCGCCGCCGCCGCCGCCGUGGGGAGGCUGCCGCAGUUCUCGCCCUACGGUGGCAGCCAGCCCUCGGGCUUCAAGCAUCCCUUCGCCAUCGAGAACAUCAUCGGCAGAGAUUACAAGGGCGUGCUGCAGGCCGGCGGGCUGCCGCUGGCCUCGGUGAUGCACCACCUGGGCUACCCGGUGCCCAGCGGCGUGGUCGGCUCCGUGUGGCCCCACGUCGGGGUGAUGGACCCCGUGGCCGGCGUGCCCGUGUCCCCCGACUACGGACCCUUCGGGGUGCCCGUGAAGGCGCUCUGCCAUCCGCCGGCGCAGACCAUGCCCGCCGUGCCCGUGCCCAUCAAGCCGGCGCCCGCCAUGCCCGCACUGACGGUCGCCGCCUCGCAGCUCUGCCCCGCCGCCUCCCCGGCCUCCGCCGCCCUCCUGGAGCAGGCGGCGGGCACCGCCCCCGAGGGCAAGGGCUCGCUGCACUCCGUCCUGGUGCACUCCUAAGGGCCGGGGCCGGGGCCGGGGGCACAGCGGCUCCCGGGACGGGGACGCGGGGAACACGCGGGGCCCGGUGCCCGCGCCCUGCGGUGUCUGUGUUUGUGUUGUGUACAAUCAGACUUUGUGUGAGCCAGGUCGCAGGUAAGAGCUUUUAUCGUCGUUACAUAUCGUUAGUGACGGAGCGGUGAUGCGGAAAGUUAGGUCGGGCCGCGCAGAAAGGGUUCGGGGCGGCCGGGGCUCCUCGCGGAGUUCCCCCCACGGACUCGGGGCAGCGGGGCGGGAGCAGCGGACGGGCGAAGCCGCCCCUGCGCUAUGCCCUUCCCCGCCCUGCCCCCUGCAGCACCCGCCCCGCGGAGCGUGGGUCCCGCUCCGAGGGAGGCGACAGAACCGCGGGUACCGCCGCGGAGCCACGGGGAGUGAAGUGCUCUUCUUUCGACGAGUGAGCUCUGAGCUGCUCGAUUAAUUAGUGGGGAUUUAAAUGACAACGGCACUGACGUCGGAGGGCCCCUUUAGCUAUCGGCUGCUCGUCCUUCCCCUCACGCUUCCACACUCCAUCUCAGUGAGGGCCGUUCCCGGGGAGGGACAGCAGUGCGAUCCCCCGGGCGGUCCGGACCCGAGCUCCCCGAUCCUCCUUAGAAUGAAACCAGCCCCGCGGUUCGCGGCUCGUGCGCGCUUGUCGCAUCGCCCCUCGCCGCUGACGGACACCGCUGCCCUGUGCGUGUCGCUUGGCGUUUCCUCCACGUGGAAGAGCGUGAACGCUAAAACCUGUUGGGUGGGAAAAAAAUAAUAAUAAAGAGAAAAUAACUAAAAAUUCUUCGGGAAAAGCACUUUACUGAAAACAAUCUUUCGACAGAGGCCAGGUCUGUGCAGAGCAGGGGGGUCGGAAGCCGGAGAGCGGCGCUCGGGCUGAUGAGUUCCGGCUGCUUUGUUAGCGGUUGCUGCCCGCCCUGCUGUACCCCAGCGUUCAUUAAACACACCUAUCCAUUUGC